GACCCUAAACAGGGCUGCUUCAUUUGAGUCAUCGACCCCGCCCAUUCGGCAUCGCCUUGCCUCCUGAGAGAUUUUGCUGCUCCGGAAUUUGAUUAUUGUUCAAUUUGAAAUUCCUAUCAAACAAAGAAGAAGAAAUAGAGCACGUUUGUCAAAAUUGAAUUACAUCAGUUCGUUUAUGUUCGUUCGUUGUAGAACCUGCUAUCGAACUCGAUAACUGAAAGUCGAAUGGAGGUUAUGUCAGCCGGGUUUAGUAUAAACAACAAUUAAAACAGUUAUGGCAUUUUAUGAUAAUAAACAUUGGCUCAUUUCUCAUAUAAGAAACUCCUUUGUUUCUUCUGAUGAUACUGGUAUGUGUGAAAUGGUCAUGCAAGGAGAAAAUCUCUCAAAAAAGCUAAUUUCUUCCACCAAAUUUGACUGCUAUCCUGGUGAAGAUGAUAGUGAGGAUGAUGAUAUGGAUGCAAUGGGUCAAUCAUUUGAUAUUCAGUCAGAUUUAGAUUUUGGUGGACACAGAGCCAGAUCUAACACAGCAGCUAGGCUAGAGAAAAUGGACAGAGAGAAAAAAAGAGCAGCAAAAACUAAACAUAUUAAAUGGGAAAGUGCUCCAGCUGCUUUGUCAAAAAGUGAAAUGGCGGAGGUUUUUCAAGAAAAAGAUCUAAAAAUUGAAAGCAAGCCAGAACUUAAGGCCGGCAAAUCAUUACUAGCCCAACAACUUGAGAAGUGUCCAAAUUUACCUCAAAAUCCUUUCCAAAUGUUUGCCAAGUGUGAUGGAAGUGCUCAUGUCGGUGUUAAAGUGAAAAAGUAUGGUAUUUUUCUACCCUUAUUGCCUGCUCCUGAUUGCAACUAUCCAAUGACAGUAAUUGUCUUAGCUGCUGCAAAGGUGCAAGACCUAAUAGGACUUAUUCUUUAUAAAUGCACUAUUCAACAUCCCAACCAAAAAUUUAAUGGUGUUGAAAGCUAUGCAUUACACAUAGCAGAAGAUGAUGGAGAAAUUGACUGGGAUUUUCCUUGUCUUGACCCACGGGAAACUGUAGGGAAAUUUGGUUUUAAGUUUUUGGCCUUAGUAGAGAGCAAAGGGUCUUUGAGUUCACAUUUACAGGAAGAGUUCAAGGACGUUGUAGACUGUGGUCCAGUUCAUGGUACAUCUGGUAAUAAAUCAAAAGCCCAACUUCAAGAGGCAGAAUUAAGAAUGAAAGACCAUAUGACCGCCAUGGAAGCUUCAUUAUAUCAGUCAUACCAAGUUCAUGUUCUACACCCACUUCGUGCCAAAACAGAAAUUCAUCUAGGUGUAUCUAGGGACAAAGUAGAAAUUGACCCUGUAACUCAACAGAAAGUUAGUGCCAAAUUUUGGGUUCGGCAACGUGCAGUAAGCUAUGACACAGAUUGUAUAGUUGCAUGUGAUUUACUAGAAACUAAGUCCAAUAACCGUGCUGUUUUUAGAAUGGUUUACUAUCGCUCAUCAAGUCCAUCGCCAGAGCUAAGUUCUGCAACACCUCAUUCAAUGAAUUUCAAACAUCAUGAUUUUGAAGCAGCAGAAUCUGUUGCAAGAGCAGUGGUUCAGCAAAUAAACCAUGUAUUAGAACUCCGUACAAGUGCUCGUCGGAAGGAAUACUUAGCCCUGAAAGAGAGGAGAAGUCAUAGGAGGAAAAGCUUUCACUUAGGACCAAGAUGAUAACAGAAGAUGAAUUGGAAAGUCAAAGGUGAGCAUUAUGUAAGGUGGCAUACCUUAUGUAUUUAUCCCACUCAAUUUGUUACCAAAGAUUCAAAUGGACUCCAAGAGUUAUGUUGUUAAUUUUUCUUGUUGUAUGUUAUAGUGUUAUGUACUUGUUUUAAAGUGCUUCAUUUGGAUUACUUUUGCACUGCAGUUAUUUGUUGGUUACCUGGUAAUUACCAAGUGCAGUGUUCAUGAUUCAAUAAUUUGUUAUUUUUUUCUACUUACCUUUUGCUUUACUUUUACUUCAAAAUGUGUCUUUUUAAACACAUUUUGUUUUGGUCGUAUUUAUUGAGAACAUUUACUUUUAGGUAAAGAUAAUUUUCAAAGUUGAAGUGUCUUUUAAUUGUUCUGGAAUUUAAAAAUGUUUAAAGCUCUUAAAUGGCUGAAAAUUAUUUUAUCUUACAUUUUUCCUAAAUGUAAAAUUGCAAUCUCAUCAACUGUCAUUGAUUUCAUAAAAGAAUGAAUCUUUCAAGGAACUGUAUUCUAUGUGAUGUGACAUUUGGAUGUUGAUUUGUACCUGCAUGUAUGAAUAGAGAACGAAUUUGAUUAAUACUUACAACUCUAUUAGUGAUUUGUAAAACAGUAUCCUGCAAGACACUGCUUCCUUGAAAAGUUAUCAUAUAGAAUGUGAUGAAUGUUUCAUAUUACUAUUUAAGUAUACUACGUAUGUUGUUGUAUAGUUGAGGCAUGAAUGGUAACAUUGGUUCCGCUAAGAGUUUUUGCUGAUGUCAAAUGGUGAUUGCACUUCUGUUCAUGAAGUUGUAUCUUCAGAAAAGGGUCUAUUAAAGCAGCUUCUAUCCCUCAGCAUGGUUUAGUUAUCUAUCUAUAUGAAUUAUCUUAUGUUUUAAAUACUAAUCAUGCCUCAACUCUAUAUCAUCAUCUGUCUGUCACAUAAAGACAAAAUUUUGUGGAAGGCAUUUGAUGAUAUGUCCACAGACUUGUAUUUUUACUAGGGUUAUUUAUUUUGUAAUUUGAGCCUUUCAUGUAGUUAUUGAUUAUUGAACUGUUUGUGAUCUUGAUUUAGCUCAGUAUUAGUAUUGAUGAUUCCCAAAUGAUUUUAUCUGGUCAAGCCACUGUAUAAAAUUGUUAAUUGCUCAAUUGAUUACAACAUGUGUAAAUGGAUGAGUUAUUGACCACUCAGUUUCUUUUGAAAUUAUGAUUAGUCUUUUCUAAUUUGAAAGGCUGAGAGCGCGCACUUUGAAACCACUGCCUUUAAACUUGAAUGUGUUCAUCGCAUACUAGUUCAUCAAAAUUGUGACUUUAUCAAGUUCAGGCAUUGCUGGCACGCUAGCGUUGCCUUAGCUUGAUCAAGCCCCAGUCACUUAACAUUUCACUGCCAACAAGGUACAACGUAUUAAAAGAUUAAUAAGACUUGCAUCCGUAUUUCAAAUUUAACUUAUUACUUUAUUUUAAAUUAAUAGGGAACAGGAAAUAAAGAGCAUCAUGAAUUA